AUGAAGAAAAAUGAAAAGAAUGGAUCAGCAGGAAGGAACAUUCGCACCAGAUCUACAUCUACUUCAGCUAAUGCGUCAACAGUACUAGAAACCUCUGGUUUGAGGAGGUCAAACCGGGAAACACCAUUUAAGAAGCCGAUAACUCCAGCAUCUGGUACCAGAAAGUCAGAGAGGCUAGCUCCCUCACCUGCUUCAGCUACAAUAAAGUCUGGUACAAUGGAGAAGAAAAACACAGCAAGUCCUUUGCAAAGGUCUGGUAAGGGAAAGAAUGUAUCCUCAGAGAAUUCCAAAGGCUCGGAUAAGUCUGUCAGGAAUGCAGACACAUCAGGAGAUAUUGAGAAGAGCAUGGAUAAAAUGAAAGAUAAUAUAGAAGCGUCAACAAGUAAGGUCAAGGAACUCGAGCCUAAAAUGACUGGCCGAAGCUACAGGGCGUUGUUUAGAGGGCAGCUCAAGAAGAAAGUUACUGCUCCUUCAAACGACGAGGAACUAGUAGUUGUUGGUUGCUCUCGCCGCGUACCUGCAGGCAAUGAUGAUGCUCAAGACGUUAUCGAAGAUUCUCCACCACAUGUGAAUUCAGACUCAAAAAUGCAGCCAGUUGGCGAAACUAAUAUAGAGAAUGGCACUGAUUCUCCUUUGAAAUCUAUUAGGGACACAGAAAAGAUGGUGCUUGAUGCAUCCCCCAUCGUUCAAGCAGGGGGAGACAACGUUGUAGGCUCGCCUGAAACACAAAAGCUUCUUGUCAGUAAAAGUAGCUUAGAAACUGACAUAGAUUUGCCAAUGAAAAGAAAAAGGGACAAUGUAGGAAUUGGGCUGGAUGCAUGUGACAUAGGUGCAAAUGCAGAUGACUGUGUUAUGAGUUCUGAUGGGGUCAUUCCAUCUCCAUCCGGGUGCAAAAAUAUUAAUCAACCUGAAACGUGCAGCACGUGUGAAAAACGACAAAAGGUCGAUGGUGAUUUCGAAAAUCUGAGUGUUUGCUCAUGCAUUCCCCAGCCAGUCCAAGAAUCUGAUCACAUGGCACAGGAUAUGAAGGAAACUGGACCCGCUACAAGCAGAGACUGUAGGGAGAACAGGCAAAAUAUGCAACAAGAUAAAUCAUAUGAUCCCAAAUUGUCAUCGAUAUACCCAGAGUAUUGGGUUCCAGUGCAGCUAUCAAAUGUACAGCUGGAACUAUACUGUCGGACUCUCUUCUCCAAAUCUUUAUCUCUUUCUUCGCUGUCUAAAGAUCUUGUUGGAGCUCUUGAAGAAACUCUCACUUCUGUAAGGAAAACCUGUGACCAUCCAUAUGUUAUGGAUGCUUCUUUGAAACAACACCUCACCAAGAAUCUGGAGUUGCAUGAAUUCCUGGAUGUAGAAGUGAAAGCAAGCGGGAAACUUCACCUCCUUGAUGCAAUGCUUACUCAGAUAAAAAUGAACGGUUUCAAAGCAGUUGUCUUCUACCAGGCAACACAAAGCCCUGAGGGCCUUCUGCUUGGUAAUAUUCUUGAAGAUUUUGUGAUUCACAGAUUUGGUCAAAAAUCUUAUGAGCAUGGGGUCUGUUCCGCAAAGAAGAACGCAAUAAACAAUUUCAACAAGGAGAGUGAAUGUUUUGUUCUGCUGUUGGAAACACGUGCCUGCACUCAAAGCAUUAAACUCUUGCAGGCUGAGGCUUUUAUUCUUUUUGGAAGCAGCUUGAAUCCAUCACAGGAUGUUAAGUUCUUAGAGAAGAUAAAGAUCGAGUCAUAUUCGGAAAGAACUAAAAUAUUCCGGUUGUACUCAACAUUUACAGUUGAAGAAAAAGCCCUGAUUCUGGCUAGGCAAAAUAAGCGGCAAAAUAAAUCUCUGGAGAACCUAACUCGUCCUCUUAUACAUGCACUGCUCAUGUGGGGGGCUUCAUAUUUAUUUGAUAAGCUGGAUCAUUUCCACGGUAGUGCCCCAGAUUCAGGAGUUCCAUUUGAACAAUCUAUCAUGGAGGGCGUGAUUCAUGAAUUCUCGUCCAUACUUUCUUCCAAAGUUGGAAAAGAAAAUGAAGGCAAACUGUGUCUACUUUUGGAAGCCAGGUAUGCUCAGGGAACUUACAGCACAGAUUCUACUCUAUUUGGUGAAAAACAUGUUAAGUUGUCAGAUGAAGAUAGUCCAAAUAGAUUUUGGACAAAGCUGUUGGGGGGAAAGAACCCUUUGUGGAAAUACUGUUCGGAUACUCCUCAAAGGAGUCGUAAAAGAGUACAGUAUUUUCAGGACUCUGAAAAGAUUGCCGAAAUUGCCGAUGACAGAAAUAUAAAGAAGAAAAAGAAGGCUUCCGCCGAUGUCACUGAUCCCCCAGUAGAUAACAAUGAAAGAAAAGCCUCUAGGAAGGAUCACAUGGGGGCUUUGGAGUCGCCAAAAGUCGUACAGCCGUCAUGUAGCUCUGCUUCUGAUUCUUUGGGCCGUCAUAUCUCUGAAAUCCCUGAUGAUAUGUUAGCUGGCAAUGAUUGGAGGAAAAAACCGCACGAAUCACAGAAGAGUCUCCAUGCUGUUUUAAAGUCGAAUAUGGCAGAACUUGGCAAAGUUUUGCAUCUUUCAGAAGAUUCGACAAGCAUGGUUGAAAAAUUUCUUGAGUAUGUUAUUGAAAACUACCGUGUCUGCAAAGAGCCUGCCACCACAUUGCAGGCCUUCCAGAUAGCCCUGAGUUGGAUUGCAGCCUCGUUGGUAAAGCAAAAACUUAACCACAAAGAAUCUCUGGUCCGUGCAAAAUCUGAAUUAGCUUUUAAUUGCUCUAGAGAAGAGGCAGAUUAUAUAUACUCCGUAUUGGACUGCAUGAAGAGUCUAUUCCUGGAGCACACACAAAGGGAAACAAUGCGUCAGGAAAAGAACAAUACGAAGUCGAUGUGUUGCUCAGACAGUGAAGAAUGCAUGCCUGAGAAGAGAGGUAGCCAUUAUAGCUUAGCAAGAAAAGAUAUUAAGAAGACUAUUAGUGACAUCAAAAGAAAAUGCAAGAAGCAAGAACAAAAGCUUGUACAAAAGCAUGAGGAAAAGAAGGUGGGGCUGGUGAAUAAUUAUGCAAUCGAGAAGCGGCAAGUUGAAAGUAGAAAACAGGUGCAAAGAGCAGUAAUUCGUAUUUCCUGUUCAGGGACAAGUACUCAAAGCUUAGUGGAUGAACUCAAGCUGCUGGAUCGUGAUUAUGAAAAAGAAAUUGAUGAAAUCUCAAGUGAGAUGGAUAAAUGCCUUAAAAGUCUAGAUGAAAUGCGUGAGGUUGCAAAAAAGAAGUUGGCUGAGUAUGAAGCCUGUUGGAUUAGUCGGCUAGAGAACUGGGCACAGGUAGAACUAAUAGAUUGUCUACCCAUAAAAAGUGGCAACAACAAGCAUUUUAGUGGAAUAUGCUCAUCAAACCCUUCCAAAAAUGGUCCUGACGUACAAACUUGCAAUGAUGCCAAUAGUGAAGCUGCUUAUGGUGAUACAAGUUGCAUGGUUUCCAAGGGUAAUCAAGUGCCAGAAGCAGAAAACACAUUAGGAACCAUGAAGGGUGGCAGCACUCAACAAGUUCAUGAAAUCGUGGCUUCAAAAAAUGACAUAAUGGAUGUCUCAAGCUUGUCUCGUGAACAGCCACCAGACAAUGUGGCUACAAAGAGCCAGUCCAAUGAGAACACUGCUGGCCGUCAACAGGAUUUUGCGGCCUUGAAUGUGCAUUCGUCAGAUUACCAGACUUGUGACAAAGUGACAUCAGUGGCACCAGAUGAAGAUGUUCCCUCAAGGGUUCCAGAAAUAUCCCAGUCCCCAGCGUUUUCUUUGAAUAGAGAUGAGGCUUUGGUUACGAUAGAAAAUAAUAGAGCAAGUCAUAUGGGUUUUGAUGUUGAUAACAUUUUGGACCAGCAGAAUGAGGAAGCUUGUUCUUUUGACAAGGAGAUUCCUGACGAGUCUGUGGUAGAGACUAGGGGUUCUACUGAAUCUGAUCAGGAUGAUCAAAAUAUAUGUCCUCUGCCUUCUUCACCGUGUGGAAAGCAACCAGACCCAGCAGCAAAUAUUCAGGCCCAAAAUAUUGAAGUAGCAAUUGAACCUCAGCCAGCUGGAUCAGAAACAGUAGAGACUGGUGCUUUUGCUGCAUCAGAGCAGGGGGAUCAAGUUGCAUGUCCUUUGUCCUCUUCACCGGCUGGAAAUCAGAUUGACCCGGUGGCAAACAUAGAGGGCCAAAAUAUCAGGACAUCAGCUGAGCCUCACAUAGCUGUUCCAGAUGCAGUAGAGAUUGGUGAUUCUGGAGUAUCAGAUCAGGAAACAAUGGGUGCUCAAGAUGCAUGCUCUCCACCAUCUUCAUUAGUUGGAACUCAGACUGACCUCGCAGCAAAUAUUGAGGGCCAAAAUAUUACAACAGUGGCUCAGCUUCACACAGCUGGGUCAGAUGCAGUAGAAACUGGUGGUUCUCCUGUUCCAGAUCAGGGUGGUCAAGAUGCAUCUCCUCUGGGAUAUCACCCUGACGCAGCAGUUAACAGUGAGGGUGUAAAUGACACGACAAUCGCUGAGCCUCACACAACUGGCUCAGAUGCAUGUGAAAUGGAAAUAGAAGAACCUAGUCCCCGAGUAGAGCAGUCAACACUUGCAAAUAACCUUGUACAGAUUGCCCAUGAACGUGGUGUGGAGCGUUCAGCAGGUGUCACAGCUCCUGUUGCAUCGCUUCUUAACAAUGAUAUGGGACAGGUUGCCGUUCAACCUGUUCCCCAAAUACCUUUCCCUGUGUUCAACGACCCUUUUCAAUAUGAACUGGAGAAGUUGCGGAGAGAAUCAGAGAACAUAAAGAAGACAUGUGGAGAAAAAAGAUCAAUAUUGAAAGCUGAACUCGAGAGGAAGAUGGCUGAAUUACAAGCAGAGUAUCAGGGAAAAUUUCAUGAGGUAGACGGUGAGGAGAACACCAGAACAAUGGAGAAUGACAAGAACAUGAAUCUUGUUUUAAUGAACAAACUGUUGGCGAAUGCAUUCUUGUCCAAAUGUACCGACAAGAAAACAUCUCGUACCUCAUCAGCUCCAGGAGGUAAGUGUCCGAAUGCUAGAGCAAGUUAG